UAUCAACCUCUCUCUCUCCACCUCUCUCCUGCUCGAACUGCACACACCGAGCCACCUACCGGCCUGUCGAGCUCUUCAAAAUGGAUACGGCGAAGGAGAAUGGGCAGCCGUCUGCCAGUGGACGUAAUAAACGCAAACGAGAGGCAAAAUCACCCUUGGCCGUCAAAAAGCAAAAACUCUUCGAAUCGCGGCAGCACCUUCCAAUAUGGAGCCGAGCGAAAGAUAUACGAGCUGCUCUCAAGCAGCAUAGUGUGCUUGUGCUUUCCGGAGAGACAGGCUCUGGCAAAUCCACACAAGUGCCACAAUUCUUGCUCGAAUCGCCAUGGUGCACUGGGAAGAUUGCCGUUACUCAGCCUCGUCGAGUUGCCGCCAUCAGUCUAGCUCGCCGAGUCGCUGAGGAAAUGGGUGGGAAGCGCAAAAAGCCGCUCAAAGUCGUCGUGAUGUCUGCGACGGCGGAUGUCGAGGGCAUCUCGCAGUUCUUCUCUGCCCCAACGGCGAGAAUCGAAGAGGACGAAGACCCUUCAGUAACCACACAUGGCGCAAGUGCGGAAAACAAGGAAGAAGAGAAGACAUCGGCGGCUACUGACGCUCCGGAAGGCGAUGCUCAAGAGUUGCCAGUGUCGCAGUGCCAUGUCGAAGGCCGCCAGUACCCGGUGAAAUUACAUUACCUCGACCAACCCACGCACGAUGUCGUUGAUUCUGCAUUACAGCGCAUCUUCCUGAUACAUUGCAAGGAGCCCAUGCCCGGCGAUAUACUGGUUUUCUUGACGGGACAAGAAACCAUACAAAACCUGGCGAAAUUGGUCGAAGAGUUUGCAAAGAACCUCACGACCGACUUUCCGAAGAUGCUGGUCCUCCCAUUAUUUGCAGCAUUGCCGCAGACGGCUCAGCAGAGGAUCUUCGAGCGAGCACCACCGAACACCAGAAAGGUUAUUCUGUCUACCAAUAUCGCCGAAACCUCCGUCACCGUUCCAGGAGUGCGUUUUGUCAUAGACACGGGCAAAGCCAAAAUCAAGCAGUUCCGAAAUCGACUCGGCCUCGAAUCGCUCCUUAUCAAACCCAUCUCGCGCUCCUCCGCCGAUCAACGCAAGGGUCGAGCCGGUCGAGAAGCCGCCGGCCAAUGCUUCCGGCUCUUCACCGAAGAUGGCUACAACUCGCUCGCGAAAGACACCAAACCCGAAAUUCUACGCUGUGAUCUCUCCGAUGCCGUGCUCAAGAUGAAAGCUCGCGGCGUUCGCGACGUCCUCGCCUUCCCCUUUCUCACACCACCCACUCGUGAAGCAAUGGAAAAGUCCCUACUCCAGCUCCUCCAACUCGGCACCCUCCAACCCAGUAAUGGCAAAAUCAACGAUCUCGGCAGGAAAGUCGCUCGUCUCCCUCUUACGCCAUCUCUCGGCCGCAUCAUUCUCGAAGCCGCCAAUCCAUCCCGCGACUGCCUUCUCGAGGUCAUCGACAUCGUCGCCUGUCUCAGCGUGGAGAACAUCUUCCUCCCGACCGAUACGGAAGAAGCCCGCGAGAAAGCCAACGAAGCCCGCUCUCAACUCUUCCGCCGUCAAGGAGACCACCUCACUCUUCUUGCCGCCGUUCAAGGCUACGCAUCCGAGAAUUCCGACCGCAAGCGCUGGGCAUCCAAACACCUCAUCUCUCACCGCGCAAUGCAAAGCGUCAUGGACGUGCGCAAGCAACUCACUGCGCAGUGCAAGUCACAUUUGAAUUCAAAGCCUACAGUGCGGACAUCAGUGGACGAAGAGACGCAAGAGAAUAUCCUCAAGUGUUUUCUGAAAGGUUACAGCUUUAACAUUGCGAGACUGUGCCCGGAUAAGAGCUACAAGACGUUUGUGGGAAAUCAGACGGUCGCGAUUCAUCCUAGCAGUGUGUUGUUCGGAAGGAAGGUCGAGGCCAUCAUGUACAAUGAGUUUGUUUUUACGAACAAGGCGUAUGCGAGAGGCGUGAGUGCGAUUCAGUUGAAGUGGUUGGAUGAUAUUUUUCCUACAUGA